AUGUGCAGCCGACCGUUUUCGGGCGGACACUCUCGGCACUUUCGCCCCUGUCUGCCUGUCGACGACCAGGCGCUCAACUGCGGAGCCCCGACUUCGUUCGUCCACUUGGCGCGCGGCGGAUCGGGCGCGAUGUCCGCGUCGCCCGUCGCGAACGUGACGACGAUGUCGCUCUAUGGAGACAAGGAGAGUGCCUCGGAGGUGCGUCGAACGGCCCGGAACGAACGACGAAGGCCCCGGAAGGGUGGACGGGUGCCGUCUCAUCUUCAUUCAUGUUUUUCUCACGCCACCGCACGCGUCGGGCGCGCCGCGUCUCUUCGUCCCUCCCGCCUCACCCUUCCGCCGAUUCAUCCACCGACGCAGUUCUGGGUUCAAAAGUACGAGCGCGACGCGCGGAAGAACUGGGACGUCUUCUACAAGAACAACGGCGACAGGUUCUUCAAGGACAGGCACUACUUCGGGCGCGAGUGGGCGCACGUGUUCCCCGCCGCCGCCGCCGCGCGCCGCGACGGCGACGUCGCCGCCGACGAUUCAUCUUCCGACGGUUCAUCUUCCGAAGACGACGUGGACCCGCUGGAUAGGAUGGGCAACGUGGAUAGGACGGGCGACGACGAGCGCGAGCUCGGCCCCGCGCCCCGGUACGCCAACCCCGCCUCUCCCAUCCACCCCUUUCCCGGCCGAGUCUUUCUCGAGAUCGGAUGCGGCGCGGGCAACAGCGCGUUCCCGUUGCUCGACCUCGACCCGACCGCCACCGUCUUCUGCUGCGACUUCUCCCCGAGGGCGGUGGCGCUCGUGGAGCGCAGGCGGCAGACGCUUCCGGCGGAUAAGCGCGAUCGGAUCAAGCCGUUCGUGUGCGACGUCUCUCGAGAGCCUCUGUGUGGCGGGUCAAGCGGGCCGGUACCGCCCGGCUGCGUCGACGUGUGCACGAUGGUCUUCGUCCUGUCCGCGAUCGCGCCGGAACGUAUGCCGGACGUUUUAAGAAACGUCUCAAGCGUGAUGCGCCCCGAAGGCGCCGGGCGCGUGCUGCUGAGGGACUACGCGGAUGGGGAUUUGGCGCAGCGACGGCUGUUGGACAAGGGCGACGGACGAAAGUUGGGGGACAAUCACUACGUCCGCGGCGACGGGACGCGAGCGUUUUACUUUGAAAAACGCUUCGUUAAAGACCUCUUCGCGACGCAAGGGAUGGCGCUCGAGGAGAUGACGGUGCACGCGAGGGCCGUCACGAACAGAGCGGACGCGCGGCGCAUGGACAGGCGUUGGCUUCAGUGUUCGUUCGCGUCUGCGCACGUCUGCGCGGCGCCGCUUCCGCCGCCGCCGCCGCCCCCCGAACCGGAGUGGCGACGGCGCGCGAGGGAGGCGGAGGCGGCUCGCGCGGCGCGGGCGGCGAGGGAGGAGGAGGAGAGGGCGGCGAGGGAGGAGGAGGCGCGCGUCGAGGGGGAGAGGGCGCGCGCGGCGUUGGGCGGGUGCGACCGGAUCGAGUUGGAAAAUUUUCUGGAGGAGCUCCGGCUCGCCGGUCGAAUAACCGCCGACGAGAUCGCGGCGAGGCUCGGUCGAUGAGGGCGAGGAUUCGAUUCGGCGAAGGUAGGUUCGGCGCGCGCACGCGGCGCGGGUUUAGGGUUCGUUCGAUGCCGAACGCGGGACGAGAUUCGGCGUAUCUAUCCGUAGCGGCGAGCGCGCUUUUCGCUCUCGUCUCGAGAUUUAAAAAAAAUUCAAGCGUUGGGCGA